AUGACUAAGUACCCAAGGGAAGAGUUUAUGCAGGCUUGCGAUAAAGGAGAGUUCUUCUCCGAACCGUCCAAAUAUCGUCGCCUGAUUGGAAGACUCGUGUACUUAACAGUGACCAAGCCAGACCUCAGCUACGCAGUGCAUACACUUGCACAGUUCUUACAAGCUCCACGCCUCCACCACUGGCAUGCUGCACUACGGGUAGUACGAUAUCUAAAGAAUGCACCAGGUCAGGAAGUCUUCUUGAGCGCAAAGAAUGAUCUCACAUUAACUGCUUACUGUGAUUCGGAUUGGGCUGCUUGCCCCUUAACACGGCGAUCUCUUACUGGCUAUGUCGUCUUACUUGACAACUCUUUGGUUUCCUGGAAAACAAAGAAGCAACAGGUAGUAUCAAGAUCAUCAGCUGAAGCUGAAGACAGGUCCAUGGCCAUGACAUUGUGCGAAGUCAAAUGGAUCAUGGAACUCAUGCGAAGUCUUGGGAUUCGUCAACACUCUCCGACCUUAUUAUACUGCGACAAUCAAGCUGCACUCCACAUAGCUGCCAAUCCUAUCUUCCACGAAAGGACGAAACAUAUCGAAGUUGAUUGUCAUUUCAUUCGUGAUGCUAUUUUCGCUGGCUUGAUAGUAACAAGAUACGUGAAGACUACGGAACAGCUUGCCGAUAUACUGACAAAACCACUUGGUCGUCAUCAGUAUCAUUACUUGUUGGGCAAGAUGGGCGUUCGAAAUCUUUACGCUCCAUCUUAA